AUGAAGGUAUUCAGUUUAAUUGCAUUGUUCUUCGUAGCUAUAACUUCAGUUCUAGCUGCAUCCUCCUCCGCUCCAGAUACAACGAUCACCCAUAAAGUUUAUUUCGAUAUUACUCAUGGAGAUGAAAAAGUUGGUAGAAUUGUCAUGGGUCUGUAUGGUAAGACCGUACCAAAGACGGUUGAAAAUUUCUAUCAAUUAACCAUCUCUAAGGAUCCUAAGAUGGGAUACUUACAAUCUAUUUUCCAUCGUGUUAUUCCAAAUUUUAUGAUUCAAGGUGGUGAUUUCACUCAUAGUUCUGGUAUUGGUGGGAAAUCUAUUUAUGGUCCACGUUUUAAAGAUGAAAAUUUCAAGAUUAAACAUGAUAAACCAGGUAAAUUAUCCAUGGCUAACGCUGGUAAGGAUACUAAUGGUUCUCAAUUCUUUAUCACUACUGUGGCUACUCCAUGGUUAGAUGGUCAUCAUGUCGUCUUCGGUGAAGUCUUAGAUGGUAUGGAUAUUGUUCAUUAUAUUGAAAAUGUCCCAAGAGAUAGAAGAGAUGUGCCAUUAAAGAAAGUUCAAAUAUCUGCUAGUGGUGAAAUAACCAACGGUGCUAACUCCGAUGAAUUGAGAUAA